AUGGCUCGUGUCGGCAUUCUCUGCUUAGCUGUUGCGAUAUUGCACUCCCUUCUACCUGUAGCAACCACGGCUGGUCGGGUUGCGCAAGAUGAUGAGCGCUAUAGCGUGCCACACCUUGAAAAUAAUGGACGCCAAGUGUCAAAAGCUCUCUUUGAGGAACUUGAGGAGCUCGCUAAAGUCGUCGAUAUAGCGUACUGUGUUGGGAACUGGGGCAUAACUAAACCGUUUAGCUGCCCCGGGCUCUGUGAGCAGUUCCCGCACUUUGAACUAGUAAAGACUUGGAACACCGGCCCUCUGCUUUCCGAUUCCUGCGGUUACGUCGCCCUUUCCCACCCUCCGUCGCCUAAGAGGAUAAUAGUUUCAUUUCGGGGAACAUAUUCUAUUGUAAAUGCGAUAGCAGACCUCUCCGUUGCACCACAGGUUUACAUGCCUUAUCCGAAUGGAACAGACCCCACUCACGCAAAAUGUCAUGACUGCACGGCACACGGUGGUUUCAUGCGUUCGUGGGAGAAUACGCGGCCGGAGAUAAUACCUGAGCUUAUAGAAACGAUGAAGAAAUAUCCAGAUUACCAGUUGGUUGUGACAGGCCACUCGCUUGGUGGUGCAGUAGCAGCCUUCGGAAGUCUUGAGUUUAAGCUGCGAGGCUGGAACCCUCAUGUAACCACAUUUGGUGAGCCCCGAAUAGGGAACCAGGCAUUGGCGGAUUAUUUUGAUAGGGUGUUUGGCCUUAACUCGACGGCUCCCUCGAGUGAAGGCCCCGCAUCUGACCUUCAUCUCCCGUAUCGCCGCAUAACCCAUAUUAAUGAUCCUGUUCCUCUCCUUCCGCCGCCUAACUUGGAUUAUCGGAUGCAUUCAGGUGAAAUUUUCAUCACCAAGAUCGAUGUUCCUCCAUCUAUUACCGAUCUACGUGUCUGCCACGGGCCUACUGACCCAACUUGCAUUAGUGAGCAGGAGAAAGAAUAUACCCGUAGGCUACGGGAUGCACUGCCGUGGUCAUCUUUUGACAGCGACCAGAGUCCACUUGAUUCCAAAAACCUAGACUCUGAGGUUGAUUCUGAGAUGAUUAAGCCUUGGGAGCUUUUCUUUGCCCACCGUGAUUAUUUCCAUAGGGUUGGCAUAUGUUUUCCAAACCUCUUUGGUUCCCCCGAUAAAAGCGAGAAGAAAACAUCCUGGUGGAAAUUCAAAUGGCUUAUUCCUGGCCAUGACAAUGCGUGA